UCUCCAUCGAGCUCGGUGGCGGAUCCCUCAAUGUGUGGUGAAGCGCGACUCGCGGUGCUUUUCACCCCCUUGCGCAUUAGCACUAGCUAGCGAACGCUAGCUGUCGGCUGAGCACAACAUUAGCCCACAACUUCUCUUGUACCCAUUUGGUGGCUGCUCGAACGAAAGCCUUCGUCUCCUCCUGGGAGCCCUCACAUGUGUGCAUUAGUUUCACUGUGUCACGAGCUGCCUUUCUCCCACAGACGUGUGUUUGUUUUGGGAGAGUUCAGUCGCCCCCUGGCUGCUGCACACGUCGCAUCGUGAACACACUCGGCUGCUCGGGAUGAUCGUACGUUCUCGCGCACAGACUAAAGUCCGUGUGUCUUCGUGGGAAAUAUUCUGUGGAAGCGUUGUGGACUGAAGAUGGGUCCAGAUGAGAUGACACUGUCUCACCUGCGCGUGUCAGAGCUUUAAAUGUGUUGUUUUGGGUCAGAACACUGUCCUCGUGACGUGGAAAUGCUCAUGCUUGUUCUUUAGGUGCGUGUGUGUGUGUGUGUUAGUGUUGGGAAAAAGAGGAACACUUAAUCGCAUGAUUGUUCUAUUAUUAACAGCGAUGAAUUGCAUUAUGCACAAAAUUCAAUAAUUAAUUCAUUAACAACUAGUGUAUUGCAUGUACAGGAACCAGAAUAAACACACAUAUUUUAUGAGGGAAGAGCAUAUACAGUUUCUGUUCAGAAGUAAGGGUCCCUGUUAGAGUGGGGUGAAGUGGUCCAGCACAAACAAAAGUACACAGCUGAAAUUGACUGUGCAGAGGACUUUUUAGUCUGUAAAGCCUCUGGAUUUCCUUUGGAGAAUAUCAGUCAAAGAAACUAAAAUGCUGGUUGAGCAGUUACCCACAGUUAGUUUGAAGUGGCCCACAACUUUUCUGCAUCUGGCCAGGACAUUGUCAAACGCACUGCAAUCAUAUUUCUUGCACUAUCUGUGCUAAGUGUACUGACUUUACUGGAAACUUUCCACUGCUUUGCAUCAUGAACCAAGUCAGAGUAUGUGUACGUGUAUAUAUUAUAUAUAUGAAUGCGAAGAAAGCCAAUUAUUUUCACCGGUUGACGAAAAAAAUUUGUGAAAGCCAAUCAGCGUUGAUGCUCCACCCGUUGUUGAAUCAAACUGGCUACUUCUAGCGCUGGAAGCGGCAGUCAUUCAGACUUAGUCGGUGAAACUCGGCGAGCUAUAAACCACAGGUAGUCGGGUGAGUAAAGUACGGUCAGUCCUGUUUUUGAAUAAAGGGUUGGACAUUUUUAUUAUAAUAUUUGAUUAUUAAAAUAAUCAUGAGUUGCAGCCCUUUGAGACAAAGCUUUAUUGAGCCCCAUUGCAGGGUUUCAGUUUUCAGGAUUCUCCGAUUUACAAUAAGCCCAUAUUGAAUAAAUGAAGCAAUGGAAAUAUAUCUGAAAGUGUAACCUCCAGCCCAAGCUAUUUAUUUGGGACACUGUGGCUAUUUAGUGUCUGUCGGGUUGUGUUUUGUAUUAUCUGUGGACAGCAGCAUCAGGCUGGGUCUGUUUUAGCAGGAGUAGGAUAUUGUUACAAUUAAAGUCUCAUUUGAACCAAUUUCUAAUGUUUUUAUUGGAAUGUCAAAAGUCUGGCAUGGGCUUAAUGUUUAUAUAAUAUAACCGUUCAGCCCAUGGGAGUAAAUAUAAUGUCCACUUAAUGAUUUGCUGAGAUAUAUAGAUAUACACACACAUCAUAUGCAGUUAAAAAUUACUCCGUACAAUGAAAAUAACUUGAGGUAAAUGCCAAUAGUAUGAAACAAAUAUAAAAUGGCACAAAUGUGAGAACAGUAGUACACAAAUAGUUUCACAGCGAGUGCAUAAAGUACAUUAUACAUUGUUGCAAAUAGUAUCAAGUAUGUUAGUGACGGAGUCACAGCAGCGGUUCAGUGAUGUGAAGGGGAGGCUUGUUGAGGGAGCUCACCAGCCUGAUGGCCUGCCAGUGUUACGUCUGUUUGUCAUUCUCAUGGUCUUCAGACUUCUAUAGUGUGCCUGAUGGCAGGAGCAAGAGGAGUCUGGUGUGGGUUCUGUCCCCGAUGACGUUGUGUGCUCUCCUGGUGGAGUAAAUGUCCUGAAGUGAGGGGAAUGGCUGCUCCCGAGAUGAACUGUGCCGUUUUUAAUCACACACGGCAUGACGCAGCCACCAACAUGCUUCACUGUCGGGAUGGUAUUGGCCAGGUGAGGAGCGUUGACUGGUUUCCUCCAGACAUGAUGCUUGGCAUUCAGGCCAGAGACUUCAAUCUUUGUUUCAGACCAGAUCAUUUUGUUUCUCAGGGUCCUUGAGGUGCCUUUUGGAUAACAGGAUAUGUGCCUUCUACUCAAGAAUGGCGUCUGUCUGGCCGCUCUGCCAACCAGGCCUGCUCGGUGAGUGCUGCAGAGAUGGUUGUCCUUCUGGAAAGUUCUCCUCUCUUCACGGAGCAACGCUGGAGCUCUGUCAGAGUGACCAUCGGGCCCCUGGUCACCUCCCUGACUCAGGCCCUUCUCCCCUGAUUAGUUUGGCAGGCAGCCAACUCUAGGAAGAGUCCUGAAUCCUGUCUCCGAGGUCUACAGACAGUUCCUUGGACUUCAUGGCUUGGUGUGUGCACUAUCAACUGUGGGACCUUAUAUAGACAGGGUCGCGGGGCGCUGGAGACGACCCCAGCUGACAUUGGUCGAUGGCAGGGUACACCCUGGACAGGUCGACAAGUGCACAUAAAUGAAGUGCUGAUACAAAAUGAAAACCAUACUAAGGACCUCUCUUGAGAACCGGUCUGUUGGAAGAGUGGACAUACAGAUUUUUCACAUUCAAUUCUGUGGUUGUCUGGAUAUUGUUUUACUAAUACCGCAGAUUGAAAAGUGAUGCCAUCGGCAAAAUUAUUUCAUCAUGGAAAAUCUGAACUCGGUGAACACUAUUGCUUCAACGCAGUUGAGUGGAGAGUCAAGUACCUUCAUCUGCACUGAAUGUGGUGAUGGGUUCAGUCAGUACUCUAAUGUGUUGGCUCACAUGGCCAUUCAUGGACCUUUGGAGUCAUUUCCCUUGGAUGGCUCAUCGAAUGGAUUUGAAGUUUCUCGUGAAUAUGUCCUACAAGAAAAUGGUACACUGACAGUUGUGAAUGGUUUCGAGACGCAUUGUUCUGUGAAACCAGCAUCUACUGGAUUUCUGCCAUCGCAUUUCCCAUCCCCCAUCAAACCAGUGUCUCCAACCCUCAGUCCACAGCCUUCUCCUUAUAAAGAUGUUCUCAGGCCAAGGACAUCAGACUCUAACUUGGACAAGUCUCGUCGGGGCCAUUAUCGUUGUGAAAUAUGUAGCCGGUCAUUCAACAGCCUACAGAGUUUACAUCGUCACCAGCAGUAUCGAAACACAGAGCGAGGUUACAAGUGCACUUUGUGCUGCAAGAUCUUUGAAGGUCGACAGGACCUUCAGAAACACCUCCAAGACCAUGCCAAUGAAAGGUUUCACUGCUGUAGUCAUUGUGGUAAGCGAUUCUUGAAAAUGGAUGCACUUAAUGCUCAUCAAAAAGAAAAUCACAUCGUCCACAAGGCCACAGCUUUGAGGAAAUCUUUAAAGCAGGAAAAGAAGAUUGAGAAAACGUAUGCUUGUAGAAAGUGCAAGUGCAAUUUCUUCUGGAUGUCAGAUUUUCAGACGCAUUCACUGCAUCAUUGCAAAGGAAAAGAACCUGAUGCUACUUUUGCAUCCGAAAUAGAAAUUGAGGUGAACUCUAAGAACACAGAACACAUACCACGUCAAAACUGCGACAGAAAUGGCACAUCCACUGACGUUAAGAAUGGUGAUGGCAACAUCUCAAGGGAUACUAGUGAUGAGAUUGAUACUGAAUUGUCUUCCACACCAUACAGAUGUGGCUUAUGUGGGGAUUGUUUCCAAAAGCUAACGGCUCUGAAAGAGCAUCAUCUUACACAUCAAACUCAGGAGGAAAUAGAUCAGCUAAAUCAGGAAUCAGAAAUAACCUUUAAGCGAAGAAUGCCACCUAAAGGCCGACGUAGAAGAGCGAGUAAUCCAAAUGGCAAACUGCAUCCUUGCAAGCACUGUCACCGUGUCUUUAAUCAUUCUAGUAGUUUAUCUCGGCACAUGAGAUACCACAAGGGUACUAUGCACACAUGUGUAUUUUGUGGUAGACAUUUUCCCCAGCGCUGUGAUUUGAGAAGGCAUUUAGCCAUGUACCACAAAACUGAACUGGAAAAGAAACCGGGUUCCAAACCCUUGUACACAAAUCCACAAAGUGGUCCUGCCCCCGAUUUCCUUAAUGGUGACAAAAACUCAAGCUCUCCCGAUGAGAAAGCCAAAAGCUCCUCUGACAAUGAACAAACGCAGUCGCCAGAGCAACAUCCAAAGGGGAAACAAUCGGGAAAAGCAGGCCGAGUUAAUUACAAGUGUCAGGAAUGUGGAAAGCGAUUCGGGCUGCUAUGCGUGUACCAACGCCACUUGCGCUAUCAUAAAAAGGAACCAAGUAAAUGUCCGAGGUGUCCAGCUCAAUUCAAGAAUCCUUCAUCCCUGAAGCGUCACCUUCAAAAUCAUCCUGGCACUGGAGAAGCUAAAGCUGUUGGGCAAACCUCUCGUGGCACUGGUUCCAGUGGGCGCCCAGUCUUAGACGAGGGUAAUGCAGAGGACAUAGAGGAUGACUUCAUGGAAUAUACUAAAAAUGAUAAAGGAAAUUCCUCCGAGGUUCUUUAUGAAUGCACUGAGUGCACUGAGACAUUCUCAUGCUUGAACACGUUUCUUCAGCACCAGACUUCUCAUGGCUCAGAAAACAACGGGUAACUAUCACAUCAGACCCACUUGUUAUUUUUAUUGCCAACAUUCACAAUCUCAGGAGUUGAGUGUUUUUGACUCUCAGUAGUAAUGCACAUAUUUUAACUGUUUAUUGAUGUAAAGUCUAUUUUUGAAUAUUUACUUUUAUACGUAGUUUUUCUUUGGCAUGAAGAUGACUUUCAGUUUAUUAGUGAAUUUCAGAAACUCAUGGUAAUCAAUAGACAAGGCUUGGAUGGGGAGCAUACCAAAUACAUUUUGUAUUAAUCCUAAAAACAUUUUGACAUCUGUUAAUUUAAACCUAGUAUUCUCCCACCAGCUAAAAGUACAGUUAACUGUUCACCAUUUGUGACUAGCAAGGAUGAUCAUGAGGCUUUUCAUUGUAUUGUUAUGUUAUCAUAUAACUAGAUUGUCCGUUGUUUUACUUGCAAUUUUUGUGAUUUUGAUGUUGCCUGUUAUAUGUUGUUUGUGUACUUGUCGUCUUUUUGAAAGGGUAGCAGUGUCACGGAAUGGAUUUUAAAUUGUGCCAUUAAAAUUGUACAGCGAAAUUAUUUAUUGUGCCAUCGGUUUCGCUUCGACUCCCUUUUCAUGGUUAUGUGGCUAUCAAAAAAAACCUAUGGCUAAAUAAUUGUCUUCCUUCUACAUAUUAUUUAGCUGUCUUAUUUUGAAUUUUUAUUGUUUAUUACAGUAAACUACUAGCAACUGCACAGAGAGGAUCCUUGUGUGGGUUAUGUAUCUGCAACUGCAUUUCAAAAUAUUUGACACGGUUUUUGUGAUACUUGUGUGUCGUUAAUAAGAAACCAUUAAUGUGAUUGGUUCUUACGGCAUCUCGCUGGUGUCUUCUGGUAUUUGAAGCAAAAUGCCAUCAACAAACCUCCACAAUGUCGAGAAUAAAUUGUAAUUAACACAUUCUUAA